AAUGGCAGAUGAAAAUUUAGAAUAAAUAAUUGAUAUGCCAGAGCAAUCAGACAUGAUCAAUGAUGCAAGAACUUAAGUAUAAUAUAUAUCUACUUCAAGGCUAAAUAUGCAGUUGAACAUUUUAAAGUGGAAUCAUAAAUAUCUAAUUACAUUAAGAAGUUUUUUGAUGAGAAAUAUGGUCCAAAUUGGCAUUGCGUUGUUGGUACUUACAUCAAUUAAAUUCAAAGGAAAACAUUUUAAUUCCUAUUCAUCAUACGAAAGCAAACGAUAUAUGUUUUUUUAUGAAGGAUAAAUGGCAAUAUUACUAUAUAAAAUGGGUUGA